AAGUUCCACCGCGACCGGAAGCGCACUCAUCCAUUAGCACGCUCACACCAAAGCCGGUCGUUGCCGAGCCUCGUUUCCUGCCACGUUCUCUCUCAGUGGCCACAUCUCCGAUAGCCACAAAGGACACGCGCUGCAACGGUUCGACGUAUGGCCAAGCUAUGAACAAUGCCCGCCGCUUAAAUAUUUCACGCUCGGACUGGCCGCAUCACGCAGGGCCACAUCUGCCACCGCGAUAUAUAUAAAUACAGCGCUGUUGCUGUAGACUUCUCACCCCCACUCCUCAGUUCCAGCGACAAUUCUCGCCACAAAAUGUCUUCUACGCGUACGAUGCUCCACCAACACAGUGGCUACGACCAUGAUGGUGCUCGGAGCUCUCCAUCAUCUCUCCCUAUACCUAUCGUUCGCUCUGCCUCGGAAUCCGCGCUUUCGUACCGUCCAAGGCUGCGAUUCGGAAUCACAGACGCGUUGGAGGAGAGUCUGCUGACUCCCGUUACUCACCGGCAACGACCAGCUCUUGCCGAGAUCUCGCAUCAAACCACGAACCGCGGCCGCGUCGCCAGGGAUGCUGUUCCAAGGGAACCGUUCCCGGGCGCGCCGAUGAACGAGUCUCUGCUCAGCUCUGGCCAUAUUUUCUCGCGUCCUGAAACGCGUAGCUUGCCGACGCGUCGGCUCUCCAGGAGCAGCUCGGCGACGCGCAGCACAGGUCGCGAGUCGCGUUUGACUGAGUCGCAUCGAAGGCAUCGGUCACAGUCGCGCUCGCGCUCGCGCUCGAGAACAAAGGGCGACGAUGCUGUCUCCAGUCUCAGUCUCCUCAAACCUGGCCAAUGGUUCUAUACUACUGAAGGGCUGACGCGAGGCGAUCUCUCGCCAUCCAAAAGCUCGUAUUCGGUGGCAGAGACCGUUCUUCCACGUCCUCAAACACCCACUCCAGAGGCCAAACGUCCCCGUUUCCAAUCCGGCAUUCCUCAUAUCAGCACUCUAUCAACCACCUCAGAAAAAGAUGACAUUUCGGAAAUAAUAUACAGAUCGCCUGCAAGGCUGCCUCUUGACGAGAUUCCAAGACCAACCACGCCGCGGCCUAGCCUCUCUGUCUUUGGAGAGCACGGUGAUCACACCGGACGGGCCUCCUCGUCUUCUCUAGCGGCAUUGUCCACAACCGCGCAAGCUGACGCUGAAGACCUUCCAGGCUCAAUGUACCAUAUCCACAAUGUCUCGCAUCCAAGUCAAACUGCGGGGGAGCUAGUCAUAGCACAAUCGCGCACGAGCUCUUCCAUCAUUACACCUAGUCCUCUUCCCAGAAACUCAUCGCCGUUUAAAUUCUUUGUGGACGAUGACAUCGACCUUGACGAAGACGAAUGGAGUGCGGGCAUGUCUGGUCCUCCAAGGAUACCAACUCUCAGUGUUCGCGCCAAGGAGCUAGUGAUGCCGCGCUCUCCUGACAUCCCACCCAUCGGCUCUGGACGAAAAGUCCGAAAAGGCCCUAAAGGUGGACGACCUGAAGGCAGCGGUAGCACUUCGCAAAAAGAAGGCUCGCCGACACCACCAGAACAGGAGUACCAUCGGCCAGUGUCUGUAUACGUUCCGUCACCUUUGAAUCCGACUCGACAACUGCCCGAUCCUUUGCCUUCACCGGUGAAGGCACGAUAUUCUUCCUAUGAUCGGCCAGCCAUCGUGCCGAGAAACAGGCUAGAUUGCAAUGAGGGAAUAUGUGGACCGUGCUGGCAAUGUCUGCAUACUUCUCCCGUGUGGCACGUGUGGAUGAACAACUACAUACGCAGCCGCCGAUGGAGUGAGCCUUCCGGCACUGCGCCUACCUUUUAAGGUUGAACUGAGAUAAGAUUAUGACAAUGUUUCUGUAAUGAAAGUCUUCGCAUGGAAUACUGGAUCAAGGAUGUGCAAUGCCCAAAAUGUUAUCUUCACAUACUAUACGCAUACUGUA